ACGAAAAAAAAAUAUAUAAAUGUCAAUUCGGCAGAUUCAUGCAUUACACUCAUUACACACAUUCAUAAACCCAUGCCCCAAACGUCCAUAAUCGUCCCACGGAUCCAUUUACCAUAGCUUAGAUUACAGAAUUGCAAGCCCGCUGACGCCGGCUCCCGUGAGUCGCGCUGUCAGCGGAGGGAAAUGCAUGACGUUAGAAAUACAAGAAAUAAGUCAGAUUCCGAACGCCGAGCGAGCUAUGUGAUUUGAUCAAACCCUUUAAUACAAGAACCAAAACAAUAACCAGCCAUGAACGCCACCGAGAACACCCCAGCUAAGGCGCACCAGAGAGCCGCUGCAUCAGCAGAGUCACCCGAAGUCGUAGACCUCACGGAUUUCUCCGACGCCGAGGAACCGGAGUCCGCCCCGCAGCCAGGAGUAGCCGAAGAACCCCACACCUCCGAUGGGGACAUAUACGCGGAUAUGGAGCUAGACGCCGACGAGGCAGGGCCAGCGGACCACGAGGGUCCCCGAAACAGCCCCCCACUGUUCUCCCGCCGACCAUCCAGGUUCCGUCGAGAGAACCUGUGGUCGCCGCCGCCGUCUAAACGACGAGCCGAGCCCUGCUCCCCGGAGUCCGCCGCCAAGGCGGACGAGGAAGCCGCCCCGAAGCCAGGAGUAGCCGAAGAACCCCACACCUCCGAUGGGGACAUGUACGCAGAUAUGGAGCUAGACGCCGACGAGGCAGGGGCAGCCGACCACGAGGGUCCCCGAGACAGCCCCCCGCGGUUCUCCCGCCGACCAUCCGGGUUCCGUCGAGAGAACCUGUGGUCGCCGCCGCCGUAUAAACGACGAGCCGCGCCCUGCUCCCCGGAGCCAGGGUCACCGUCAUUCGAAGAGGAGUUCGAAGAUGCCGGUUCUAGCCAGCACAGCUUUCCGGAACCAGAGACGCCAUCAUACGCGCCGAUGUUCGAACAGGAGUUUGAAGAUGCCGGUUAUCACCAGCGCCGCGAUCCCCGAACCGGCCGUGGCAUUUACCGCCCCGAGAGGGGGCUGGAGCGUUACACACCGAAACCAUACAACGCGUACUACCACGACGGGGAGAGCGAAGAGGAGGAACCCUACGGUCGGCAAUUCAUAGCCGAAACAGAGACCUUUCACCACACGGUCACGCCAUGGGGGUUACGCGUCACGCGUAACCACCAGAUGUCCGUAGACGUCUUUGUCCCUCCCGGCCGGAAUGUCAACGCGUUCUUCAGGACAUUCCGAGAAGCCCCGGAACCAAUCGACUACCGCUCCGAACCGGCCGCCCCAGCCAGGGCAAGCCCCCCGCACGCCCAAGCGCGACCGCCAACGCCCGCAUCGGAUCCUCCCCGACGCCCCAAUCCUCCAGAAGAGUCAGCGGCGACCACACCAACGCACGCCGAAGCGCCCCACGCGGAGGCAGCGCAAGGCCCUCCCACUGAAUGGCCCACCUGGGCUACAGAAGAGGGAAACGCCGCUCCGGUUCGACAAGCGGAGCUGACCGAACCGGAGGAGCAGUGGGAAACGGGGCCGGACAGCGGGUACCCCACCAUGACCCUACGGAGGGUAAAACAACCCGUUGCGGAGGAGACGGCGCCGACCCCCCAAACUGGGGAGUGGGAAGGACAAGACCAGUUGCUUGUGGACUGCGACUUGGAUGAAAUACUACGAUUUCUUCAAGACGAAUCUACGCGGGAGGGGCAAAGUCCAGCGGACUUCUCCCUGAUCGAAGAGCUGAACCAGCCCACCCAGUGGGUAAUCGCGCCGGCAGAUUGGCAGGUCAACAUCCCAGGCCGAAUCCUACCGGCGGGCCUGGAAUCGGAGAGGCUCCCCAAUCCCACAUUCUCGUACCAACACAUUACCCCCACCUCUAACGAAAAGCUCCCGAAGCACUGA